AUGAGCGAGCCAUCGAAGAGAUCGAAAAACCCGGUAGACCCCCUGCUGAAGCUGAAGGAGGAGAGAGAGAAAUUAAUUCAGUGGUCCCAGAAGUUAAAGAAUAAUAACUCGUCUUUUCUAAUUUCUGAAAAGUUGGAUGCGGAAAGGAAGUACUCAAGUGAUGACUCGCUGGAGGUGGGAGGUUUCGAUACCCCGGUCCGUAAGAGAGAAAUGAGGAGGAGUAAGUGGAGCGCCAAUGCAGGUAGGGAAGCGGAGCAAUUCCUGGAUGGUGCGUCCUCGCACGAGGCUGAUGAUGAUGAAGAUGGUGCAGCUGUCGAGAAGGAUAACCUCGGUUAUCAUGAUGGUGACUACGACAGCACGAGUGCAAACCAGCGAGCGAACAAAGUCAAACGUAGCGUAAGGGGAGGCGUAGAUGACGCGAGCAGCUUCCACGUACUGGAGAGGGAUAGCAUGUUGGGAGAGGAACACCCAGCAAGGGAAGGGGAGGGACGUAAAAAUAUGCUGUCCAACUUGGGAAAAAAUAACAACAAAAAAAGCAGAAUAGACACAUAUGGAGACGGAUCAAGUUAUGAACAAGCUAGCCAAGAUGGCGAAUACUCAGUUGGACGAAAGUACACAGAGAAGAAUCACCGUGGGGAUAAACAUCGAAACCACAAAUUUGAAGACCUCGUCAGUGAUGAAAGUUCGGAAGGCUCCUUUGGACCAAAUUCAUCCCACAUUAAGAUGAGAAAAAGGAUAAGUAAUGGAUACGAUAAUUUCUCACCCGAUGUACAUAUGAAGGAAAAUUUUUUUAAAAUUCCAAUGGGAGAAGAAGCAAAAGGUUCAGGGGUAGCUGCUCCAAAUGAGGUGCAAAAUAAAAAGAGCGGAGGGAUCCUCCAUAGUGAUGACACGCUUCCGAAUAUGAAUACGGCUAACCCGAAGAGGAGAAUAAAAUUAACGAGGAAGGUAAAAGCAAAGGAAGUAAAAAACAGUGACAACUAUUUUUUAAAUUCAAAAGAUCCGAAGCUUGGUCCUAAAUUGUUGACUGCUGUGCAGUUUGAGAGGAACCACACGUGUUACAAUGCGGACCACGAUGAGGACCACGAUGAGGACUACAACGACGAUUGCAAUCCGGAAAACAGCGCGAACCACAAUGCGAACCACAACAAAGACAGACAUGCCAUAAACCGCGCACACUACAAAUCAUCAAACGAAAGCGUGCAGACCUUCUUACCAGCUGCGUCCCCAAUCCACGCGAGGGAUAAUUUCUCCUCCACAACUCUGCAGUCUAAUAGUAAUGAAGACAUACCCAUCGGUGGUAAACCAAAUGGAGCCAAAUUAAAAUAUAAGAAAUCCAAUAAAGUAGACAGCCUGUUAGAAGAAAAGGUACACAUAUUGGAACACAAAAAAGAGUUACUGAAUGACAAAAUUAAGGACCUACAUGAUAAUACAUACACCCUGAUGGAUGCACAAGAAAGGGAUAACCUAACGAUUCAGCACUACGAAUUAAUUAUAAAAAAUUUGGAGUCCAAAUAUAACAAACUUUUUAACAUGUAUCAGGAGCUGGAUGAGCAUCGGAUUUCCUACGUGGAUGCUUAUCGUGAAAAACAAACAAAAAUUGAAAACCUAUGCGCAAUUAUGCAAAUAAAAAGUGAAGAAAGCUUAAAAUUAACACAAGAAAUGAACCUUUUAAAAAAAAAAAAUGAAGAAAUACAGGGACAAAUUUAUGAAUAUAUAAAAGACAUAGAAGAUAAAGAAAUUGUAUUAAAUAAAAAAAAGGAAGAGUGUGUUCAUUUCAAAAAUGCUCUCGAAAAAGCAAACUCAGAAAAUGCCGACUUAGCAUGCAAACUAAAUCAGAUAAGCACACAGUUAGAUGAAGCGGUGAAUCAAAAUAAAGUCUUGCAAGAAGAAAAUGAUAAUAUAAAACAUAAGUACAAAACUAUGAGUAAAAGUGGAGAUACCACCAACAAUUUUUUCAUUCCCAAGAUAGAAAAUUUGAUAGACAUUAUUAACAAACUCCUGGAAAUUUUUAAAUCCAAUGAGGAAAAUAUUUUAAAUUAUGCUGAUUUUUUUAAGGAAAACGCUUCUACCAUUGAGCAGAAGUUAGCAGACAAUGACAGCUUAUGUGACGAUGUCAUUCGUUUGCUAGACGUCGAUUUAGUGAACUCCUUGGUCGAUACCUUAAAGCAAAGAGAAAAGGAAUACGCUGAACAGAAAGAAAAAAUGGAAAUCAUUUUCGAUGAUCAAAUUUUGAAAAUGUACGAAACGAACAUAAACAAUGUUGAAGUUGCCAAUAAAUAUAUCGUGGAGUUAAAAAAUAAGCUAAUGUCCGUCAGUUUGCAAAGGAACAAUUUGAAGAAAAAAGCGCUACUCCUGUCUACUGCACAAGGACGAUUAAACGACAGGCCAAUAAUUAAUGAGCUCAAAAAAAUGAACGCCGGCACGCUUCUCCACAAGUGCAAAUAUCACUCCUUCACGCACAAGCCGGUACCCGUUUUCGUGAAAAUCAUGGACGGUCGCUUUAUCACCUGGACCAAGGAUGUUAAGGGGAAAGCGGGCUUCAAGCGGAGGAAGCUCAUCGACAUCCAGGACGUGACCUCCAUAGAUUACGGACUAAACAGCACACCCGUGUACUGGCUAAUCGAAAAGCACAACAAAAAGAAUCUCGAGAAAAAUAAAAUAAAACCAAGCCAACUUUACAAUAACGUACAUGGAAUACACCCCUGUAAGUGCUUCACGUUGCGUACCCGAGAAAGGACGUAUGAUUUUUUCUCCAACGAUGAAGAAGCGAUCGCCACGUGGGUCGUAGGACUCGGUGUGCUAUGCUACCAGUACAACAAGUUCGCUAACAUACAGUCGCGAUCAGAAUUUGUUGUAAAAAAGGCUCAGCUGAAAUUGCAGCUGCACUGUAUUAAACGAAACAUAAAUUACACUACUCUGUGGAAGGAGGCCAUCAAUCGCGCGCAGGAGCAGCUGUCGGAGUGA